CUUUUCUCUUAUUGAUUGUUUUGGUUAAUUUUGUUUCCCCUUUUUUUUGUUGUAUUUACUCGAUUGAUUACUUCAAUAUGAUUUUCUGGUUUGCUUGGAAUUUAAGCUGGAAGGAACUGAUUCGAAUAUUUCUUGCAUAAGAAGAUGUUUCAAUCUACCUAUCUAUUGACUUCAUGAUUGGCUUUUGCUUUUAUUGUUGAUAUCUCUUACUAUCUUGAUUUCACCUUUCGUUACCAUUUGCGUACAAAAAUUUAACAAAGCAAUGAAUGGGAAUUUCUUAUUUUUUGUAUAGUCGUUUUAACUGCUAAACUAUGUUAAGUUGGUCCACACAAUUAGGUGCUGAAAAUAAAGUGACAUCCUAAUAAGUGGAAACUUGACUUAUGGAGCUUUUCGUCUGCUUAACAUUAAUUUUUAUCAUCUUAUCUAUUUGACACCUUCCAAACACUAUUGGGGAAAUGGCUUCUUCUCUUUUUUCCGGUGUAGGUUUAAGGUUUUAGAUUUGAAGGCGGAUGGUGAGGAGUUUGUGUUGAUGAAAUGGGUGAUUUGAAGUUAAAUCCUUUAAGUUCUUUUAGCCUUAAGUUCUUUUAGCCUGUCAUUACAAUAUAUGUUUCAGUUGUGAUCUUUUGGUGCUCUCCAAGGUCUUAGGGAAUCUCCGUGUCCCCUCUGGUUUCUUUCUUUGUAUAAAGUCUCUGGAAUUUAAAGAUGAUUUUGUCCUGUUUUCUUCGAAGAAUUUGGCGAAGAAACAUCAAAAGUUCACUAUUUGCUUUACGUGUUAUGCUUGUUUGACUUUGUGUGAUCUAACUUUUGGUUGAAAACUAAUGCUCAUCUUUUGUUCUUUGGAAUGUCUUGAUCUGCUUGAUUUUGAAUGCUUUGUCACAUUGUUUAAACAAUUUGUUCUUUGUUUUCAGUUGAGGAAAACAUGAAUUCGACAUCGACACAUUUUGUGCCACCGAGAAGAGUUGGUAUAUACGAACCUGUCCAUCAAUUCGGUAUGUGGGGGGAGAGUUUCAAAAGCAAUAUUAGCAAUGGGACUAUGAACACACCAAACCACAUAAUAAUACCGAAUAAUCAGAAACUAGACAACAACGUGUCAGAGGAUACUUCCCAUGGAACAGCAGGAACUCCUCACAUGUUCGAUCAAGAAGCUUCAACGUCUAGACAUCCCGAUAAGAUACAAAGACGGCUUGCUCAAAACCGCGAGGCUGCUAGGAAAAGUCGCUUGCGCAAGAAGGCUUAUGUUCAGCAACUGGAAACAAGCAGGUUGAAGCUAAUUCAAUUAGAGCAAGAACUCGAUCGUGCUAGACAACAGGGAUUCUAUGUAGGAAACGGAAUAGAUACUAAUUCUCUCGGUUUUUCGGAAACCAUGAAUCCAGGGAUUGCUGCAUUUGAAAUGGAAUAUGGACAUUGGGUUGAAGAACAGAACAGACAGAUAUGUGAACUAAGAACAGUUUUACACGGACACAUUAACGAUAUCGAGCUUCGUUCGCUAGUCGAAAACGCCAUGAAACAUUACUUUGAGCUUUUCCGGAUGAAAUCGUCUGCUGCCAAAGCCGAUGUCUUCUUCGUCAUGUCAGGGAUGUGGAGAACUUCAGCAGAACGAUUCUUCUUAUGGAUUGGCGGAUUUCGACCCUCCGAUCUUCUCAAGGUUCUUUUGCCACAUUUUGAUGUCUUGACGGAUCAACAACUUCUAGAUGUAUGCAAUCUAAAACAAUCGUGUCAGCAAGCAGAAGACGCGUUGACUCAAGGUAUGGAGAAGCUGCAACACACCCUUGCGGACUGCGUUGCAGCGGGACAACUCGGUGAAGGAAGUUACAUUCCUCAGGUGAAUUCUGCUAUGGAUAGAUUAGAAGCUUUGGUCAGUUUCGUAAAUCAGGCUGAUCACUUGAGACAUGAAACAUUGCAACAAAUGUAUCGGAUAUUGACAACGCGACAAGCGGCUCGAGGAUUAUUAGCUCUUGGUGAGUAUUUUCAACGGCUUAGAGCCUUGAGCUCAAGUUGGGCAACUCGACAUCGUGAACCAACGUAGGUUUGAGUUAUUUUGUAACAACCAAAUGAAGAAAAUGGAAAGACCUCAAAAAAUGAAGAAUGAGUGCAUCUGAAAACAGAGGACUACUCUGAAUAAAUAGAGGGGUUGCUGCUGAUAUUUAUUUUUACUCUGCGGCGGAAUUAGAAAAUUUGAAAAACAUCAUGUAUUGAUAAGUUGUAAAUAUCAGAAAAAGGUGGGGGUGCAAAAAUUUGUACUUUUUAGCUUUUGAAAGAGGCAAGUUUUUCGAAUGUUUGUUUGAUUUGUAAACAAUUUCAGAAUUAUAUAAACUUGGUUCCAAAUCCCCUGUAAUAAUGUCGAGCUAUCUGCAAUUUGAAAACUAUAGGGGCUUUACUUAAUUUUACGUUUUGUGUGACACCUAUUUGAUUUUUUUUGAUACGUUUGGACCAG